GUGUGUGUCUGAUCAGGGCAGAUAUUCAAAAGACAGCUAAUUCCUCCAAUCGCAACAAACCCUCACUUCUCUGUAUUUCUCUUCUACAGCUCCCCCCCCCCAAUUUUGUCUGUCUCUUGAUCAUUCUCCCCUCUUUACUCUCUCUCACUCUUUUACCUGCAUUUAUAGUACUUUGCUGCUCUGGCACUCAUUUUUUUUCUUUGUUUCCUCCCUUCCAAAUGAUGCUUUCUGAGCACAACUUGACAAUGCAGUAUGCUUUUGUGUAGUUUUCUUGGAAUCUGCUUGAAGAUACUGAAAUUUGAUCUUCAUUAGGUAAAGAGUUUGGAAGGUAUCUAUCUGGUUAAAUCGAAAUCACAUGGUAUCAUAAGGUGAGUAUCAUGACUCUAAAACGACUUGAAUUGUUUGUUUCCAAAACAUGAAACAUCAAAUUUAUGAAUCAUCUUGUCAAUGAAACGGAAGUCAUUGCAUGGGUCAUUGCAUCAGUGGUGGAAAGAGUACCAAACACAGUGACUUCAUUUGAGCAAAAGUAAAAAUAGUGAUCAAGAAAAUGGCUGAAUUACUAAAGUAAGAGGAAAAAAGUUAUUAAAAAAGUUGUCUGGUGAAAAACUACUUAAGUAAUUACUUUUUUAUAUGUCUGCAUUUGACAAGUAAUUAGAAAAUGUUCUGUACCUGUGGAAUGCAUUUUUGCGCUUAUGUCUAACUAUGUUGAACACCACCUCAAUUAUCAACAAUAUAUAAAGAAUGUUAUGUUAACUGGCUAGCUAACUUAACCAAAUGCUGAUGGGGUUUCACUUGAUUGCUAGGUUUGAUAGCAGGCUAGGUAGCUUAUGUUAAUUUAUAUAUGUUUCUAACUACACAGUUUACUAUCUAGCAAGAGGCCUGAGCUGUGUAAUUUCAAUAUCUCCAUGGGUUUUGGCUCACAUAGUUUGCAGAUUCUUAUUAUAAUGUUUCCUUUGAAACAUAUAAAACUGAAUAUACCUGAUAUAUAUGGUUAAAAUUUCUGUUACUGUGAAUAGUUAAAUGAAUAGAAGAUGAACCGAUCUCCAAAAGGCAUAAAGUCAAAGAUGAAACAUUCUUUUCAACAUUUAAGCAAGAUUAAUGCAUUAUUUUUGUUUUGUGAAAUUUUAGCAUAAAAAAAGAAAAGGUGCACAAUGCAAAAGUUUAAGCACCCCAAGAGAUUUUAGCUCUCAGAUAACUUUUUCCAAGGUCUCAGACCUUAAUUGGCUUGUUAGAGCUAUAGUUUAUUCACAGGCAUCAUUAGGAAAGGCCAGGGGAUGCAAAACUCAAAGAUUCAUAAAUACUCUGACCAUGGGCUCCUCUAAGCAGCUGCCUACCACUCUGAAAAUUAAAAUCAUUGAUGCCCACAAAGAAGGAGAAGGCUGUAAGAAGAUAGCAAAACAUUUUCAGGUAGCCAUUUCCUCAGUUUGUAAUGCAAUUAAGAAAUGGCAGUCAACAGGAAAGGUGGAGGUGAAGUUAAGGUCUGGAAGCCUGGGGACUGAUGAAGUUAAAAAAAAAAAUUUGGCCACAAUGAGCAAAGAUAUGUUUGGAGAAAAAAAGGGCACAGAAUUUCAUGAAAAGGAUAAUGACCCUAAACAGACCUCAAAAUCUACCUCAAUAGGCACAAGCUGAAGGUUUUUUUCGCAUGGCCCACACAGUCUCCCAACCUAAACAUCACUGAAAAUCUGUGGAUAGACCUCAAAAGUGCAUGCAAGAUGGCCCAAGAAUCUCACAGAACUAGAAGCCUUUUGCAAGGAAGAAUGGCUGAAAAUCCCCCAAACAAUAAGACUCUUAGCUGCCUACAAAAAGCAUUUACAAGCCGUGAUGCUUGCCAAGGGGGGGUGUUAGUAAGUAUUGACCAUGCCACUAAUGCCAAAACUUUUGUUUGAAACUGUAAAAGAUGGAAAUAAAAAAGUAAUCUUGCUUAAAACUUUAUGCCUUUAACUUUAAUCUUUAACUUUAUGCCCUUAAGAAAUCCAGUCAUCGUUUACUUGCUUAGCUAUUCACAUUAACAGAAAUUUUGACCAAGGGUGCCCAAACUUUUGCAUGCCACUGUAUGUAUUAUGUACAGUUAUUCAUUGUUGCUAUAGAAUCAGUUCUAUAGAUUUUAUUAAAAUUCACUGUUAACUGAUAAAAGCCAACCAUUUUUGUAAUAUCUUUGUUAGUUUCUUAAAUUGAUUCUUAAACUGGCUACCAAAAUAAAAUAAAAUAAAAUAAAAUGAAAUAAAAUAAAAUAAAAUAAAAUAAAAUAAAAUAAAAUAAAAUAAAAUAAAAUAAAAUAAAAUUAAUGGGUUGGCAGUGAAAGUCUUAUACUGCUUAUAGCAAGAAACAGCCUUUUAUUUUAUAUACAAAAUCCCAACCUCUUUUGCUGUUUCUUCUAAUAAUUAAUAUUGCGUAAUAUGAUAUUUUCUAACUUUAAUAAUAUGCUAUAACUGCUAUAUUGCUACUUCGUCUACUAAUAUUUUCUAGCAACAAAAUGGUUGAUACAACAGAGGGGGAUAAUGCAACAAUCACGAGUCAACAGACAGUUUGUGUCCCUGACAAAAAAAAUGCCAGAGACCCCUUCUGCUCUACUCUUAAAAUGUUUAUCUUGUCACUGGCUUUUACGUAUUUCACCAAGACUUUGUCUGGCACCUACAUGAAGAGUGUCCUUACUCAGAUACAAAAGAGGUUUGACCUGUCCAGCACUCUCGUUGGCUUCAUCGAUGGCAGUUUUGAGAUGGGUAAUCUGCUCUUUCUGGCUUUAGUAAGCCAUUAUGGGGCAAAAUUGCACAGACCCAGGCUGAUAGGAUGUGGUUGUUUUCUGAUGAGUCUUGGUUCUGCUGUCACUGGGCUACCUCAUUUCUUCAUGGGACGGUACAAAUAUGACACAAUGAUACCAGACUCAGUAAAUCAAACUGUCAGUAUUGUUGCCUGUCAAGAUUUCAGAAUGCAAAGCAAUUACCUGGAUAUACACCUAGAGCAUUCACAGGGUUUCAAAGCAGGCGCAGUCUGUUUGGAAGAACCUGGAUCUAACCUGUGGGUUUAUGUGUACCUGGGGAACCUCCUCCGUGGGAUAGGAGAAACACCACUCAUGCCCCUGGGGAUCUCAUACAUCGAUGACUUUGCAAAAGCAGAGAACUCUGCAUUUUACAUAGCAUGCCUCCAUGCAGUAGCACUCGUGGGUCCCAUGUUUGGCUACGUAUUGGGCUCCUUGGUUUCCAAACUGUAUGUUGAUAUCGGAUUUGUCGACACUGAGACAGUGACCAUCACUCCAAAGGACAUCCGGUGGGUGGGUGCCUGGUGGCUGGGUUUUUUUGUGUCAUCUGCCCUCAUGCUCCUUGCUGGCAUUCCUUUCUGGUUUCUCCCUCGCUCUUUACUCAAGCGAGAUGAGGAACAAUCCCACAGGGACAAUCCCAGCUCUCAACCUGGCAACCAGGAGCAUACUGUACAUUCUUCUGUGUUAUAUAUAAAACUGGCUGACACUGCAAAAGGUUUCUUGUCCUCACUGAAGAAGCUCUUGGGAAGCCCUGUUUAUACCCUUAUCCUCUGUGAACAAGUCCUGAUUUUCAGUUCUUUAAUUGGCUUCUUCACCUUUAAGGCCAAAUACAUUGAGCAGCAUUUUGGUCUGUCCUCCACCAGAGCAAAUUUCCUCAUUGGUUUGAUAAACAUGCCUUUAUCAACUUUGGGGAUGUUGCUGGGUGGCUUGCUGAUGAAGAGGUACAAGCUGGGUUUGCUAUCAGCAGCCCAGCUCUCCUUCUUCACUUCUUUCUUGGUCAUCCCCCUACUGCUCCUGCAGUUCAUGUAUAAGUGUGACAACAUACGCCUGGCUGGUGUUACCGUCUCUUAUAAUGGCACACCCCAGAUUUCAUAUGAUGAACAAACGCUGUUCUCACAGUGUAACCAGAACUGUUCAUGUUCUGCAGCAAAGUGGGAUCCAGUGUGUUCUGAUGAUGGCAUUACAUUCAUGUCUCCAUGUCUGGCAGGAUGUACAAGCUCCACAGGACAGGGCAAAAAUACGGUCUUCCACAACUGCAGUUGUGUGUUGAACCUGUCCCCAGUAGAGGGCAGCACCUCUGUGUCUCUUGGACAGUGUCCUCCCACUCCAGUGUGUAGUCGAAGUUUGAUGUUAUAUAUGGCCACAUUUGGCAUUACUUCUUUCGUUAAAGGUCUGGGAAUGACACCUGUGUUCAUGGUCAUGAUGCGGUGCAUCUUUCCUGAUCUAAAGUCACUGGCCAUUGGCAUUCAGACUCUAGCAAUAAGAACUCUAGCUGGUAUUCCAUCUCCAGUGUAUUUUGGAUCUGUGAUUGACUCCACCUGUUUGAAAUGGAGCAUGAGGAGCUGUGGAAGCCAAGGGUCCUGCCACAUGUAUGAUACAAACAUGUACAGAAUUGUCUUCCUGGGCCUGACGACAGGUAUAUUUGGCUGCUCUCUGCUUUUUGACCUUGCUAUGGUUGUGCUGUUGAGAAAUCAAUUCCGUAUGGAAGCAGUGCGAACCCACCAGGAUGAAAUUGAACUACAAGGCCCAAAUCAACAGUGUAAUGAUGGAACAGAGUCCCACAGCCUCAGCAGAAACACCAGAGAAGUUUAAGGAUGAGGCUAAUGGGUAGAAUAAUGUGUGAUCUGAGUUUCUUCAGCCCCAUGGAAAGAAACACGAUCCAGAAUGCAGAAGAUAGUUGAGCAUGGAGGCAAAAGUACCUGGUGUAGCCUAAUUCAGUCACUAUGCCACUAUAUGGUAUUCCCAACUUUAUGUUCUCUAGAAAAAGUUGUAGCAUUUUGCAUUCACACGUUAUUAAAUGUUUCUCUGUUCAGGAAAGAUGUCUGGAAUUUUAACUCCCGUCAACAGUUUUACUGUCAUUUUUUAUUUCGUCAUCACACUGAAGCACACUUCAGCCACAGCUCAAUUAUAUUCCAGCAUCUCUUCUGUUGCCCCAAGUUAAAUUACUUUCCUAAUUUAAUAAAAUGAUCUGGUGUCAAUAGCUGCUUGUGUUAUGAGCAAUUCAGUGCGUGGGUGCUUGAGCUGUAUAAGCCAUGCUUUUGUGUGUGUGUGUGUGUGUGUAUUUGUGUGUGAGUAAGAGAGAAUGGGAAACAUGAACAUGCUGUAAAUAAUUAGUUGGAGUAAUGGAAAGUAUAGAUUCACUGUAACAUACUGUAUGUACCCAUCUUAUUAUCAAACAGCUCACAUGUCAGUGUACAUAAGCUUCCUCCGCUCCUUUGGCUGGAUAAGAUUUGAUGUUGCAUUUAGCAUUUCAUGCUCAUAAUCUGAGGGGCAAAGUCCAUGAGUAUUCCAACCUCACCCCCUUCACACUGUCAUAUGCACUUAUUAGGGACAUAAACAAAUACAUUUUUUGGAUUGAACAAAUAAAGGAUACAAAUACAGACAUAAAUAGGAGCUGCAUUCUCUACAGACUAGAGAUCAUGCUGGAUGCAAUAAAAAAAGUUGGUGAGCAUGGGACAAACAUUAACAUAUGAGUAGGAGAUUUAGUAGGCUAUUUUUUUUUGUCUGUCAUAAGUGGUUUGCUACAGUAGCUACAUCUUAAACAAUGUCUUACUUAGCUCCAAAAUAAGAUCAUAUUCAUACCACAUUUGUGUUUAAACUGGUCCAAACAUUCACAAAAGAAAUACGUGGAUAUUUAUAGAGCUGCCGCUCCAAAUAGACCAUGUAGACCACAUGCUGUGCACAGGUCAGCAUAUCUCUGCGGCAGUCUCCAAAAAAUUAUCAUUUAAUUACAUUUAAUCAUAUUACCUUGAAUGUUUAUUCUCAUUCCUAAAUUAAUUUUCUCCAUUGAAAUGCCCAAAAACUAAAGUAGAUCUGAUAAAAUUAGGUGGCUAUUGCUGUCAAGUAUAAACAGCAGUUCCUUGAUUUGGUAAAGACACUUUGGGAAAGGUUCCGUCCUCAGGUUGCCUCAGGGAGUUUUUUUUUUCCUUGCUAUUGUCACUUCUCACUUGCUCAUUAAUAAUGUGAAUCUACUUCCGGAUUUCUGUAAGGAUGCUUUGUGACAAUUUUUGUCUAGCAUUACUUUCCCUGUCUUUUGCAGUAAUUUUUCAUAUCUUACUGGCUAGUAUUGCAUAUUCUCUGAUAUUCUGUCUAUUAAUGUAAUCUAUCUGCUCCGCUCUUGCUUCCCUACAUACUGUAGCCCACGAGUCUUGUAUCUUCAAGACAUAUCUAAAGAAGCAAACAUCAGAUACUCAUCUAGCAAAAGAGGUGAACUAUGUUAAUAUUUCAUUUAGCAUAAGAAGUGAAAUAUUUUAUUUUUG